AGGAGGCCUGCGAAUAUGGCGGCUCCAAAAUGUACUGCCGAAAGACGUGCCACACCUGCGUAGUGAGUGCCGACAACUGCGCGGACAGCUUCUGCAUCGGAGAGUUCAUGCGCUCCACGGGACGCUGUGAGCAGUGCUCGGAUUACCCGAGGCACUGCAAGCUCGAGUGGUUCCGGAGGGACUGCCCCAUGACGUGCGGGCAAUGUGUGCCCAGCCAGGAGGCGCUGGAAGCCACCGCCCGCAGCUCUGCGAGCUCCGCGGAGCUCAACGACGGAGCCGUCGCGUCGGUGGAGGAGUCGGAGUGCAGAGACGACGAGUGCGUGGAGGAGUGGAAGGCCGGCGAGUAUUGCCCCACGUGCAGGGACCUCGGCGAGAGCAUGUGCUUCGACGCCACGUUCAGCCGCAGGUGCAAGAAGACGUGCAACCUGUGCGUGGAGGGCGGCGUGCCCAAGGAGUGCGCGGACGUCUUCUCCACGUACACGUGCCGCCGCUACCGCAAGUACGGGUGGUGCGAGCGCGAGGACGUGGCGGAGCAGGUGCGGGCCCAGUGCCCGCUCUCCUGCGGCGUCUGCGGCCCGGAGGCGGGCGAGGCCGCGGCCGUCCGCUCCAGCGCGGGCGCGGUCCGCGAGAGGGCGGAGAGCGACGGGGCGGAGGAGGAGGCCUGCGUGUGCGAGGACGAGUGGAGCUCGCCCCACCACAAGGGUUGCAAUCAGGUGCGGGGGUGCCCCUCGCCAGCCUGCGACGGCUUCAACAAGACGUGGUGUAUCGUCAAGAACCCGAGCUGCUCCACCCGGCGGGAAGGCAGCCACGGCCUGCACUGGUCGUACUGCACCCCCGACGGCGCCCCGGAGGCGAAGGCCGAUGCUGGGCCUCGGGGCCUCUGGGACUGGCGGGCCAUGUACAGCGCGCCGGCCGCGAAGCCAGCGGAGAGAGCCGCCGCGCCGCCCCCGCG